AGCUCCGGGUUUGCCGUCGCCGCCGCCGCCACUCAGCCGCUGCACGGCGCGUCCUCUCGGGGGCGGCGGAGGCGCGUACAGUCGCCGCCGCCGCCGCCGCCGCCGCACCACGUUCCCCACCCGGGGCUGCGUCACCGGGAGACACGUUCCCAGCCAGCAUGGGUCGGCGCCCAGCGGCCCGCCCGAGCACUCCGGCCGCAGAACCAGAGUGCCGCCCUGAGGCCUGCUGAGAACACAACACCCUCCCGACCGCGCCACCGCGCCCCCCUAGCCGGGCGCGUCCUUGCAGGGCCUGGGCUGUCUCCCUCCCACUCUCAGAAAUAAGGCACACCCCUGGGCAUUCGUGGGCCAACGGGCCUUGGCUAAACCGUCCCCACAUUUGUCAGCGCCACAGCAACAUCCUCAGAGUCUGAGCGAACUGCGCCCAGCGCGGGCACGGAGCCUCCCACCGCCAGCAACCUGCGGCCCCGGAGAAGGCAGCGAGCGCAGUGACAGCGCCUCACCGCCACCAGCUCCUGGACCACCAUGGCCAAGAACCGCAGGGACAGAAACAGUUGGGGUGGAUUUUCGGAAAAGACAUAUGAAUGGAGCUCAGAAGAGGAGGAGCCAGUGAAAAAGGCAGGACCAGUCCAAGUCCUCAUUGUCAAAGAUGACCAUUCCUUUGAGUUAGAUGAAACUGCAUUAAAUCGGAUCCUUCUCUCGGAGGCUGUCAGAGACAAGGAGGUUGUUGCUGUAUCUGUUGCUGGAGCAUUUAGAAAAGGAAAAUCAUUCCUGAUGGACUUCAUGUUGAGAUACAUGUACAACCAGGAAUCAGUUGAUUGGGUUGGAGACUACAAUGAACCAUUGACUGGUUUUUCAUGGAGAGGUGGAUCUGAACGAGAGACCACAGGAAUUCAGAUAUGGAGUGAAAUCUUCCUUAUCAAUAAACCUGAUGGUAAAAAGGUUGCAGUGUUAUUGAUGGAUACUCAGGGAACCUUUGAUAGUCAGUCAACUUUGAGAGAUUCAGCCACAGUAUUUGCCCUUAGCACAAUGAUCAGCUCAAUACAGGUAUAUAACUUAUCCCAAAAUGUCCAGGAGGAUGAUCUUCAGCACCUCCAGCUUUUCACUGAGUAUGGCAGACUGGCAAUGGAGGAAACAUUCCUGAAGCCAUUUCAGAGUCUGAUAUUUCUUGUUCGAGACUGGAGUUUCCCAUACGAAUUUUCAUAUGGAGCCGAUGGUGGUGCCAAAUUCUUGGAAAAACGCCUCAAGGUCUCAGGGAACCAGCAUGAAGAACUACAGAAUGUCAGAAAACACAUCCAUUCCUGUUUCACCAACAUUUCCUGUUUUCUCCUACCUCAUCCUGGCUUAAAAGUAGCUACCAAUCCAAACUUUGAUGGAAAAUUGAAAGAAAUAGAUGAUGAAUUCAUCAAAAACUUGAAAAUACUGAUUCCUUGGCUACUUAGUCCCGAGAGCCUAGAUAUUAAAGAGAUCAAUGGGAAUAAAAUCACCUGCCGGGGUCUGGUGGAGUACUUCAAGGCUUAUAUAAAGAUCUAUCAAGGUGAAGAAUUACCACAUCCCAAAUCCAUGUUACAGGCCACAGCAGAAGCUAACAAUUUAGCAGCCGUGGCAACUGCCAAGGAUACAUACAACAAAAAAAUGGAAGAGAUUUGUGGUGGUGACAAACCAUUUCUGGCCCCAAAUGACUUGCAGACCAAACACCUGCAACUUAAGGAAGAAUCUGUGAAGCUAUUCCGAGGGGUGAAGAAGAUGGGUGGGGAAGAAUUUAGCCGGCGUUACCUGCAGCAGUUGGAGAGUGAAAUAGAUGAACUUUACAUCCAAUAUAUCAAGCACAAUGAUAGCAAAAAUAUCUUCCAUGCAGCUCGUACCCCAGCCACACUGUUUGUAGUCAUCUUUAUCACAUAUGUGAUUGCUGGUGUGACUGGAUUCAUUGGUUUGGACAUCAUAGCUAGCCUAUGCAAUAUGAUAAUGGGACUGACCCUUAUCACCCUGUGCACUUGGGCAUAUAUCCGGUACUCUGGAGAAUACCGAGAGCUGGGAGCUGUAAUAGACCAGGUGGCUGCAGCUCUGUGGGACCAGGCUUUGUACAAGCUUUACAGUGCAGCAGCAACCCACAGACAUCUGUAUCAUCAAGCUUUCCCUACACCAAAGUCGGAAUCUACUGAACAAGCAGAAAAGAAAAAAAUGUAAUCCAAAUUUUAAGAAAUACAGGUGCAUGACCAAUUGUCAAUUAAAUAUUCAGUUUUAUGUCUCCAUGCAAACAUUCAAAGUGCUUCCAUCAGAACAGAGUAAAAUACUAAACACCUCUGAAGACUGCAAACUGGAUUAGUUCUUUUACUUCAGUGUUUAAUAAGCAGAUGUAUGUAUGCAUGGUUAUACUAUUUUGUUAACAUGUACAAUUUUCUGAUUUUUCUUCAAAAAUGCUGUUAUAAAGUAUUUGUCUAUUUAUGAUAACAGUACACGUGUUCUGCUUGAAUUUACUAAAUUCUACUACUGGGUUAUAAUUAAAUCAUGUGAUAUUCCA